UCAUCAUGUUGCGUUCUCUUGCCAUCCCCGCCCGCGCUAUUGCCUCGCGCUCUGUAAUGGUCCGCAAUGUUGUGGGGUUUGAGGAUUUCUUUGGAAAGAAACCAGGAGGAAAUAACAAGCGGCCAACUGAAGACCCGAAGAAACCUAACAAGGGAACAGGUGGUAGUGGUGGUAGCAAACCACCAGACUUUCAAAUGAAUACCCCCACAAUAAUGCUUACAGCAGCAGCAACCUACAUGCUCUGGAAGGCUACCGCUCCGCCUGAAAAUAGUCGUGAAUUGACGUGGCAAUCUUUCCGUUCACAGCUCAUGGAUAAAGGCAUGGUCGACCGCCUGGAUGUAUUGAACCGUAGCCGUGUCCGUGUUCAUCUCCGACCAGAUGCUGGCUCUCUUGGCGUCUCGCCUAAUACCGUGUUCUACUUUAGCAUUGGUUCCGUAGACAGCUUUGAACACAACCUAGAAGAAGCCCAGAAUCAACUCGGAAUUCCAAGUGAUGAACGUAUUCCCGUUGCUUAUCGUGAUGAGGUCAGCCUGCUUAAUACGCUACUCCAUUUUGCACCCACCCUCUUGAUUAUCGGUGUCCUGUUCUAUAUGACCAAACGCGGCCCGGGUGGCGCACAAGGAGGUAUAUUUGGUGUCGGAAAGAGUAAAGCCAAGAUGUUCAACCAAGAGACGGAUGUUAAGAUCAGUUUCAAGGAUGUGGCUGGUGCGGACGAGGCCAAGGAAGAGAUUAUGGAAUUUGUCAAGUUCUUGAAAAAUCCUGCAAUGUACGAACGACUUGGUGCAACCAUUCCCAAAGGUGCAAUCCUUUCUGGUCCUCCUGGUACUGGUAAGACCUUGCUGGCCAAGGCAACUGCGGGUGAGGCCGGUGUUCCUUUCUUCAGCGUUUCCGGUUCUGAGUUUGUUGAGAUGUUUGUCGGUGUCGGCCCUUCGCGUGUUAGAGACCUGUUCGCGACUGCUAAGAAGAAUGCCCCUUGCAUCAUAUUUGUUGAUGAGAUUGAUGCUAUCGGAAAGGCACGUGGUAAAGGUGGGCAAAUGGGAGGUAAUGAUGAGCGCGAGAGCACUCUUAACCAGCUACUGGUCGAGAUGGAUGGUUUCGACUCGAAUGAGCAUGUUGUGGUGUUGGCAGGCACCAAUCGUCCAGACGUGCUCGAUCCUGCUUUGAUGCGACCUGGCCGUUUUGAUCGUCACAUUUCUAUUGAUCGUCCGGAUAUUUCUGGUCGUGCCCAAAUCUUUAGAGUUCACCUUAAGCCAAUCAAGACAAGUGAAGAUGUAGAGAAGCUUUCCAAGAAAUUAGCCGCCUUGACACCAGGUUUUGCAGGUGCUGAUAUUCACAAUGUCUGUAAUGAGGCCGCUCUUAUUGCUGCUCGUUACCACAAGGAUGAAGUGACUACAUCUGAUUUCGAACAAGCGAUCGAACGUGUUAUUGCCGGUUUAGAAAAGAAGUCGCGUGUGUUGUCGCCUGAAGAGAAGAAGACUGUGGCUUACCAUGAAGCAGGUCAUGCAGUGGCUGGAUGGUACCUACAGUACGCAGAUCCUCUCUUGAAGGUAUCAAUUAUUCCUAGAGGUACAGCUGCAUUAGGAUAUGCACAAUACUUGCCCAAAGAUCAGUAUCUUUUCUCGACAAAGCAGCUUGCAGAUCGUAUGUGCAUGACACUUGGUGGGCGUGUAUCUGAGCAGAUUUUCUUUGAUACCAUUACAACUGGAGCCAGUGACGAUCUUCAAAAGGUUACCAAGAUUGCAUACGCUCAGGUGACAGCUUAUGGCAUGAACUCAAAGGUCGGACCAUUGUCAUUCCAUGAUCCAUCGCAAGAACAGCAAUUCCAGAAGCCUUAUUCAGAACAGACCGGAGCAUUAAUAGACGAAGAAGCACGAAAGAUUGUCUCGGCUGCAUAUGAGCGCACAGUUGAAUUGCUGUCAGGAAAGAAAGAUGAGGUCGAGAAAGUAGCCAAUUUAUUGCUUGAAAAAGAAGUACUUACACGAGAAGAUAUGGAGAACCUACUUGGAAAACGUCCCUUUAAAGAAGUAAACUCUGUAUAUGAUGAAUACGUUCGCCCAAAGAGGAUUGAAGCCCCUCCACCUUUCCCUGAAGAAAAGGGAGAAAAUGACGUGAAUUAAUAAUAGCAAAACAAAACAAACCCUUUCAAACCCUCCCCACUCCCUCCUCCAUCACCUCUAUCAACUCUCUGUAAUUUAAGUAAAUAAAAGAAUGAAAAUAUACUGUUUCCUAUAG